AUGAGUACUGAUAUCCUUCUCAAGAAAUUGAAAACCAAACCCAAGAGAAAAUAUGAAUCUGGCACAUUCAAAUCAGGUGGCUAUAAAUGGAGAUUGUGUUUAUAUCCAAAGGGAAGGAAAGAAAGAAAAAAAAUGGACACGCCUAUCUACUUGUUAAUUGCAGAAACAGAGUUUUUACCUCUUGGUUGGGAGGUUAAUGUGAUCUUCAGGCUGUUUGUGCUUGAUCAGAUUCGAGACAAAUACUUGACCCCCGAAGAUGCCAUUGGCGGAGUAAGGCGGUUUAAUGCCAUGAAAACUCAGUUGGGAUUUGCAGAAUUUCUCAGCCCUUAA